CAUUCACUCUCUCUCAGUCUCAUCUCUUUCAUCAACAGAAAGAGAGAUGGGUGAGCUUCACUCCAUGUCCAUGGCUUACUCUAGCAACAGCUUAGCCUUAGGAGGACCAGGAGGACUGGGUCUUGGUCUAGGACUGGGAGGAGGGAAUAAUUGGGAUAAUUGCCAUAACUUCAACCUUGGAGUUCUCAGCUCGGACCGGAUGUCUUUAGUGAUGGAUGACUUCGAUGCGCCACCAUUUUCCUCUACCCUGGAGUCGGAUUUCUCGACCGGUUACUUGGAAGACGCUUUGGUCGAAUUCAGCGAGCGCUCGAAAAGAAGACGCAUGCUCUUGUUUAACGAUGACAAGAUCAGAUCAGACUCUACUGCUUCUGCUUCAAAGGCAUACUGGAAUUCAGACUGGGAAAUGUCUGAGAGUUUUGACAGCAUCAGCCAACUAAUCACCUCUGCUGGGCUAUCAGGUGAUGAUGAUCCUGCAAGUAUGAGUAAUACGCCAAUUAGUAAAAUCUAUGGGGAUGAGACAAACAUAGCCGACACGAAGAUGAACACAGGAGAAGAAGCUAUUGAUUCCUCGUCUUCAUCUUCUUCUUGCAAAGAAUCAGCCAACACCAACUCCAUGGCUGCCGAGAAAGAAAGCCCCUUUUCCGUCGAUGCUCUUCCCGCAGAUGAGAAGAGAAAGAAGAAGAGGGCGGUAAUGACGUCGAGGGUGGUGUAUCCCUUUGCGGUGGUGAAGCCGGGAGGAGUAGAAGGUGACGUGACGCUAAACGACAUUAACGAGAGGAUUUCAAUGCCACCAACGCGACCAGUACGACACCCAGUUGGGGACUUUGCGUGUCGGCCAUGCGUAUCUGAUCCUGAUGGUCCUGGACUUUCUGGUAAAGCUGUGGUGGCCCUUACCAGAAUUCAAACACAGGGACGAGGCACGAUCACUAUUAUCAGAACCAGAGGCUAGCUAAAAACACAGUCGACUCGAUCAUGCCAUGCACUUCAUUAGUGGAGUUACUUUAAUUAGCUAGUUAAUUAUAUAUAUUAUGUAAUGAACUGUAUAUAUAGUACAUGUUGAAUUAAGCGCGCAUUUACCAUCAUUUGCAUUGUG